AUGCAGGGGCCCAGGAAAUGGGAGAUCGAGCGCUUGCCCUCGCACUCAGACAAAAGUGCAGGGUGCUUGGACAGUCUCGCCUCAGCCACAGCCGGUAGUGCCAGAGUGGACUUGGCAACAGCAGUAGAUAUCACGUUGCUUGAUACACAGGUGCAGCUGGUUGACUCCGCACUGUGGGGCCCGUUGGGUCGUGGGGUAAGCGCGCUGUUAAUAGGUCACUCCUCUGUCUCACGCCGAGGGAUUUUUGUUGUACCAGGUCUAAUCGAUGCAGAUUUCCGUGGGAAUAUCAAAAUUAUGGUGUAUACCCUAUGCCCUCCAGUAACAAUUCCGAAGGGAGAAAAAAUUGCGCAACUAAUACCAUUUGAGGCAAAAGUAUCAUGUCAGGGAGAACAAAAGCAGGGCUCAGGUGGUUUCAGUUCCACAGGUCAGCCAGAAGUUCUGUUAGCCAAGGAAAUUUCAAAAAGGAAACCUACGGAAAUUAUUUGA